CAAGAGGCUGGAAGAUCAUUUAAAAGACUGUUUUUAUCCUGUGAAGAACUGAUGUUGCUUCUUAUACCACUGUAGGAUGGAAGAGCCAGCCAACAAUCAUAACAUCAGCCAUGAGCAGCAGAGGAAAAAGAAGAGAAUAAAGUUGGACAAGGACAAUAUUUUCAAGAAAUUUCUGCGUAGCCUUGGAGCAUUUAUCUUCGGCCUCACCAUUAGUACCAUCUAUGGUGCCCUGGUGCUUUUUGUUCAUGGAUAUGACCUGUGGUAUUGUGUGGUGGCUACGAUCAGCAUUGCCUUCUUUGUAGGUCUUGGGAUGGGAUUUUCAUCGAAGGUCCGCAUCAGUGUCUUUCUCAUGCUACCUUACUUUUUCACAAAAGAAGGAAAGAACUUCAUCUUGAUAACGACCUUCUCGAUUGCAAUCCAAGGACCAUUGAUGAACAUUGUUGAGAACUUUAACCGGGCUUCUAGCACAGUGUCAUGUGGUAUGGAACUGGCGAUAAACCAAACAGCUGAACUCAAGGAGAGAAUAAAGGAGCCAUUAAUGGCUUCUUUACAGAAGAUCAAGAAUAUCACAAAGAAAGCAAAAGGAGUAGCUGAUCGUGUCCGGAAGUUCUUUAAGUCUAUUAUGGAUAGUGUUCGACACAUAGCUCGAUGCCUUCGGAAUGUUUUGCACUGGAUUGUGAAUAUUGGUGAAGUGUGCAAUGAGGAGUUGGGAUCCCCUUACAGGAAAUGUGUCAAGCUCUUUGAUGACGCCAGGGACAACUGUAUGAAAGCCAUUCCUCUUCUCUACUUUCUCUGCUACGUUGUCGAUCUUUUCAAGUUUCUUUGUGGCCUGGCAAACAUUUUGCUUGUGUUCUGUGUUAUUCCAGACUAUGUGCAAGGAUUCAUGAAGCAACGUGUAGCAGACCCUGUUGUGACUGCUUUACUAAGAAUCAGACGAGAAUUUGAGUUCAAUAUUACAGUGAUCAGCCAUUUUGAUGUUUCAACUGAUGCUUCUAACAACUUGGCAUCUAUAGCACUUGAUAUCAUGGAAGAUGUGAACGCUAAAGUGAUGCCAUACCGGGAAUUCCUUGGCAUGUUCACUUAUGCCUCAGCAUUGUUCAUAAGCUACAUGUACAUCCAGGCUGUUCUUUACAGAAAGAAUUACCUAUGCAAAGACAACUUUGAUAAUAAUUACAUCACAGAAAAAUUCAUUGAAAUUGAUGUCAUGCGAGCACGGAUGUCCAGACCCACCGUUCUGCCACUGUCUGAAAAAGAAGCUGCUAAAUUCAUUCAGCCUAGUAGCAUUUACAUGUCACCAAAGGAAAGGAGAAGUUAUACAUUUAGCCUUGUCAAUGUCUUUCGUCAUGCUCUGGUUGUUUUCUUGAUCAUCAUAAUUGAUUUCCUCGUUUUCUGGAUACUGGAUCUGAUCCGCUACAUACUCCAUGGAGAAGUUAUUGCUAGAGCUCCAGUUAUGCUAACAAUUUCUGUGGAUGGAGAAGGAUAUGCGUCUGAUAUCUAUCGCGAUCUUGUAGCAUCAUUUGAUGUACUCCAGAAAGGGAAUAUCAGCGUUUUGUCAAAGAAAUGCGUCUUAGAUCCAGUAGAACCAGACUACAACUACUACUUUAUUAUUGGAUUUUUGUAUGGGUUAUCCUUUUUCAUAGUCAUGUUCGGAAGCCAUAUUGCAAGACUGAGGAGAGUGAUUUGUGCAUCCUAUUACCCAUCCCGAGAGCAGGAACGCAUUUGUUUUCUGUAUAACCAAAUUCUGACUCAACGAAGCUCAAUCACUGAUGCUCUUAAGAGAGCCGUUAAGAAGAACGAUGCUGACCAUGGCCACACACACCUUCUCAUGGUUCUAGGUGCAAAAUUCCGUAUAUUCAGGUGGCUCCAAAGCAUUUUAGGAAUGUCUCAGAAGUGUUGUUUGGCUUGUGGAAGGGUUAGCAAAGAAGAGCACACUGUUGAUUUUGUCACUUGCAUUACACCAGGAUGCAGAGGAUUCUACUGCACUCAGUGCUUCCAGUUCCUUAAUAAUAUCUGUACCAUCUGCAUGGGCCCUAUCACAUUUGGAAGUGACAUGGAGGAAGAAUUGGACUCCAGUGAUGAAGAACAAAUACAGCUGUGGAGCAAUGCAAUGAAAAGCGUGAAAGACGAAAUGGUGGAACGAAGAAAAAUUAGGAAAAUUCUUAAACAGCGAAUCAAGGAUACUGUUAACAGGAAAGUAAAGGAUGCUUCCUGUGGCUCUCUUCCUUCGGAUGUCUUAAAUAACUUGGCAGUGUUAAAUGAGAGAGGAGAGGAGGAUAUUUCUACCACCAGUAGUGACAUUGAUGUGGGUACAACAGAAACAGAAACAGAGGACAGGUAA